AUGCUAAUCAAGGAAGCGAAGAAUUACGGGCAGCAGCAGAAGAAGCUGAAACAGCUGAAAGUCGACUUUUUCCUGAAAAACUUCAUUGACGAGUACUUCGAUGCUCUGCCCUUAGCCUCGUCGCAGAAAAACGAUCGUAUAAACAUGGUGAGUAGACAUCGAGCUGUGUACGUUCGUGACAAGAGUCCGCCCAAUUUUUGGGACGUUGGGUUUCCAAGCACGCCGGAGUUGUACUCAAGAGGGAUGAUUCUGGUUAAACGAUGA